AUGUUCAACGUCGGCCGUAGCCGCGCCUUGGCUUCGGCCCUGAACGCUUCCAAGAUCAAUCCCUCCGUCAGACUCCCCGGCCUCGCUCAACAGAAGAGGGCGCUGAGCAUCCAUGAAUAUCUUUCGGCCGACCUCUUGCGAAAGUAUGGCGUAGGCGUUCCCAAAGGCGCCGUUGCCAAAACUGCCGAAGGGGCCAAGGCGGUUGCCAAGGAGAUUGGCACCGAGGACAUGGUCAUCAAGGCUCAGGUUCUGGCUGGUGGGCGUGGAAAGGGCACGUUCGACAACGGUCUCAAGGGAGGCGUUCGCGUCAUCUACUCUCCUCACGAGGCCGAGAUGUUUGCUCAGCAAAUGAUUGGACACAAGCUCGUCACCAAGCAGACCGGCGCCGGCGGCCGUCUCUGCAAUGCCGUCUACAUUUGCGAGCGCAAGUUUGCUCGUCGCGAGUUCUACCUGGCCAUCCUGAUGGACCGUGCCACCCAAGCUCCCGUCAUCGUGUCUUCCUCCCAGGGCGGCAUGGACAUCGAGACGGUUGCCAAGGAGAGCCCGGACGCCAUCAACACGACGUACAUCGACAUCAAUACCGGGGUCACUGACCAGAUUGCUCGUGGCAUUGCUACCAAGCUGGGCUUCAGCGAGCAAUGCGUCGAGGAUGCCAAGGACACCAUCCAGAAGCUGUACAAGAUCUUCAUUGAACGCGACUCCACCCAGAUCGAGAUCAACCCGCUUUCCGAGACCAAUGACCACCAGGUCCUUUGCAUGGAUGCCAAGUUUGGCUUCGACGACAAUGCCGAGUUCCGUCAAAAGGAAAUCUUUGAGUGGCGCGACACCACGCAGGAAGAUCCCGACGAGGUUCGUGCUGCCCAGUCCGGCCUCAACUUCAUCAAGCUCGACGGUGAUAUUGGCUGCCUUGUCAACGGUGCCGGCCUCGCCAUGGCCACCAUGGACAUUAUCAAGUUGAAUGGCGGUCAACCCGCCAACUUCCUCGACGUCGGAGGUGGUGCCACCCCGGCCGCUAUCCAGGAGGCCUUUGAGCUGAUCACGAGCGAUCCCAAGGUCACAGCCAUCUUUGUCAACAUUUUUGGUGGAAUUGUGCGCUGCGACCACAUUGCCACCGGCCUGAUCAAGACGGUGGAAAACCUCAACCUCAAGAUUCCCAUCAUUGCUCGUCUGCAAGGCACCAACGUGGAGCAGGCCCACAAGUUGAUCAAUGAGUCGGGCAUGAAGAUUUUCUCCAUCGAUGACCUUCAGACCGCUGCCGAGAAGUCUGUUCAACUGUCAAAGGUUGUCAAAAUGGCUCGCGACAUUGAUGUCGGUGUCGAGUUUUCGCUGGGCAUUUAA